CUACCCUAUGCUUACUCCUCUUAUUCAUGUGGCUGAAACGAGACAUCAGACGUACAGGGAACCAGUAGCUCCAUCUUGUGUUCCGUAGUCUUUAGUCUCAUUAUUUUAUCUGAUUCCAUAAUACUUACCUGACCUUUCAACGUUAUAUGAUUUCUUUUCCACGAUUGCUGAUAUAGGCGCUUGGUCUUAAACGGAUCGAAGCUAAGGACCGCACCAAACACACGGGAGGUUACUGCAAUGAGGCAGCACAAUGGGAAUGACUACGUUACCGUUGAUGAAUUACCCUCCCCCACGGCAAAUAACUUGAAGAAGGUUUCGGUUCUUCCUCUCAUGUUCAUCAUCUUCUAUGAGGUUUCUGGGGGCCCUUUUGGCAUAGAGGAUACAGUCCAGGCUGCAGGUCCUCUGUUAGCCCUUCUUGGUUUCUUGGUUUUCCCAUUCAUAUGGAGUGUCCCAGAAGCUUUAAUUACUGCAGAAAUGGGUACCAUGUUCCCUGAAAAUGGCGGCUAUGUGGUUUGGGUUUCUUCUGCAUUGGGUCCCUAUUGGGCGUUUCAGCAAGGUUGGAUGAAAUGGCUCAGUGGGGUGAUUGAUAAUGCCCUAUACCCAGUUCUCUUUCUUGAUUAUCUUAAAUCAGAUAUCCCUGCUUUAGCCAGUGGCUUUCCAAGAAUUGCUGCAGCCUGGGGAUUGACAAUAGUACUCACAUAUCUGAAUUAUAGGGGUUUAACCAUUGUGGGAUGGAUUGCUAUUGUUUUAGGUGUUUUCUCACUCCUUCCUUUCGUGGUUAUGGGGUUUAUAGCGAUUCCAGACUUGAAACCUUCAAGAUGGUUGGUGGUGGAUCUAAAUAAUGUGGAUUGGAAUUUGUAUCUGAAUACUCUAUUUUGGAAUCUUAACUACUGGGAUUCCAUAAGUACUCUUGCUGGAGAAGUGGAUAAACCAAACAAAACUCUUCCAAAGGCUCUAUUCUAUGCUUUGAUCCUAGUAGUUUUAGGAUAUUUUUUCCCACUUCUAAUCGGUACUGGUGCUGUUCCUCUCAAACGCUCAUUGUGGACUGAUGGGUACUUCACUGAUAUAGCCAAGAUCAUCGGAGGAGUUUGGUUGAGUUAUUGGCUACAGGCAGCUGCUGCAAUGGCAAACAUGGGUAUGUUUGUUGCUGAGAUGAGCAGUGAUUCGUUUCAACUUCUGGGGAUGGCUGAGAGGGGAAUGUUACCUGAAUGCUUUAGCAAGAGAUCUCAACAUGGAACCCCUCUUGUAGGAAUACUUUUCUCAGCGUCAGGUGUAAUUUUACUGUCAUGGCUGAGCUUUAACGAGAUUGUUGCAGCUGAGAACUUCUUGUACUCCUGUGGAAUGAUUUUAGAGUUCAUAGCAUUCAUAUGGUUGAGGAUCAAACACCCCAAUGCAUCUCGGCCUUACAAGAUUCCAGGUGGAACAGCAGGAGCAAUUCUUUUAUGCGUACCUCCUACAAUAACGAUUGGUUUUGUGUUAGCUUUGUCCUCUCUCAAGGUCUUGGUCGUAAGCCUCAUUGCUGUGUUCAUUGGUCUCAUACUCCAGCCUUGUCUUAAAUUUGCAGAGAAAAAGGGAUGGUUAAAGUUCUCAGUCAGUUCUGAGCUCCCAGAUUUUGACAAUCGGGAGAGCAGUCAUUCUUUGAUAGAACAAAGUUGAUCCUUAUAUUAGAGAGUUUAUGCAUUAUGGAGUACGAUUCUGGUCGUGUCCAACAUUUCUGAAUGCAACUACUGUACUAUGGGAGCUUUGGCUUCCAUCAGCUGUUUAUUGCUAUAAUGGAUGGAUGGGGUGGUGGUAAUCAUCAGAAACAUGUAAACAAGUGUGUAUAGAAUACCAUGGGAAAUGGAAGUUACAGUGUCUACAGGGUCUUUGUCUAGGUUGGCUUUCCUGGUCCUCAACUGUCAUGGACAGUGUAAUUAAGUUUAAUAAUUAGCAUCUGAAUGAAAUCAUUUAAUUACUUGUGCUUCA